GUAUUGUCGUUCGUGAAUGCUCAAGAUUUGGGGCCAGAGACAACACCGUUGCACGAGGCAGCAAUCCGGGGAUCUAGUGUGCGAGAGGCAUUUGAGGAAUUGGAGAUGCCAGCGACAGAUGCGGUUAAUAUGCCCGAUGCGACAGGGAGAACACCGCUGUAUCGGGCCACUUUCCACGGUCAUUACAAUGCUGUUCAGCAACUGAUUGAUGCUGGUGCUGAUGUGAAUGACCAAGAUGUAACGCCGCUAAUGGUAGCAGCUUUGAAUGAUCGGGUAGAAAUCAUGCAGCAUCUGCUUUCGACAGACAGACGCACAAACAAGACCAGGUGCCACAUCAAUCAACAAAACAAGUAUGGUCGCACCGCUUUACACCAUGCUGCUCAAUAUAGCCACUUUAGGGCUAUACAACUAUUACUAGAGAAAGGAGCAGACACUUCAGCCCGCGACUCAAGUGGCCAGACGCCUCUACACCAGGCUAUAAUUUCUAAAGCAAAAUGCAUAGGGAGUUCCAUGUCCAUUAAAGGCACUUUGCAUCUGCUUCUUAAUGCAAAACAUGUUAACAUUAACGCCCAGCACAUUAAUAGAAUUACUCUAUUUAUUAUAGCUAUAAUUCAGAAUACAUCCAUCACCGUCCGCUGGCUUAAAAAUAUAUACAAGUUUGGCGAGAGGACUUUCAGAGAGCCUGACAUGUUUGAAGAUGAUAAAUACAGUUCAGAAGACAGCGAGAAGGCCACAUCGCCAUCCGGAGCGCCCGAUAUUGGAGAAGAGGAGCCGGUUUCACAAAAUUAA